CAAGAUGCCCCCCAUCAUGGAUGUGGACCCCAGCCUGCAGACCAUGCAGCUGUUUGUGGAAAACCCCAGUGAGGAGGAUGCUGCCAUCGUGGACAAGAUCCUCUCGUUCCGACUGGCGAAGAAAGAGGUUUACGCGGGUCAGUACAUGGAGCUGGAAGAAUACUACGUCAAGUACAAGAACUACUCGUACCUGCACUGUGAAUGGGCCAACAUGCAGCAGCUGGAGAAAGACAAACGCAUUCACCAGAAGAUCAAACGCUUCAAGGUCAAGAUGGCUCACAUGAGGCACAUCUUCCACGAGGAUGAGGAACCCUUUAACCCCGACUACAUUGAGGCCGACCGCCUGCUGGAGGAGUCACACAGUGUGGACAAGGACAACGGCGAGCCGGUGGUCUACUACCUGGUGAAGUGGUGUUCGCUGCCGUAUGAGGACAGCACGUGGGAGCUGAAGGAGGACGUGGACGAGGGCAAGGUCGAGGAGUUUGAGCGGCUGCAGGCCCGCAAACCCAGACUCACACUGACGGAGCGGCCACCGGCCAAGGCGUGGAAGAAGCUGGCUCAGUACCGGGACUACAAGAACAACAACCAGCUCCGUGACUACCAGCUUGAGGGCGUCAACUGGCUGCUCUUCAACUGGUACAACAGACAGAACUGUAUCCUGGCAGAUGAGAUGGGUCUGGGUAAGACCAUCCAGUCCAUCAGCUUCCUGGAGGAGGUUUACACCACGGGGGUGUCUGGCCCCUUCCUGGUCAUCGCCCCCCUGUCCACCAUCACCAACUGGGAGCGAGAGUUCACCACCUGGACCGACAUGAACGCCAUCGUCUACCACGGCAGCCUCGCCAGUCGCCAGAUGAUCCAGCAGUACGAGAUGUACUUCCGCGAUGCCAAGGGCCUCUUCAUCCCGGGCUCGUACCGCUUUGAUGCGCUGAUCACCACGUUUGAGAUGAUCCUGUCGGACUGCCCGGAGCUGCGGGAGAUUGCCUGGCGAUGUGUCAUCAUCGAUGAGGCCCACCGCCUGAAGAACCGCAACUGCAAACUGCUCGAGGGGCUCAAGAUGAUGGAGCUGGAACACAAGGUGUUGUUGACGGGAACGCCACUGCAGAACACGGUGGAGGAACUCUUCAGCCUCCUCAACUUCCUGGAACCCUCGCAGUUCCCCCUCGAGUCGGCGUUCCUGCAGGAGUUCGGCGACCUGAAGACAGAGGAACAGGUGCAGAAGCUGCAGGCCCUGCUGAAGCCCAUGAUGCUGCGGCGUCUGAAGGAGGAUGUGGAGAAGAACCUGGCCCCCAAGGAGGAGACCAUCAUAGAGGUGGAGCUGACCAACAUCCAGAAGAAGUAUUACCGCGCCAUCCUGGAGCGUAACUUCACCUUCCUGGCCAAGGGGGCGGGCCAGGCCAACGUGCCCAACCUGCUCAACACCAUGAUGGAACUACGCAAGUGUUGCAACCACCCCUACCUCAUCAACGGAGCGGAGGAGAAGAUUCUGGGGGAGUUCCGGGAGAGCCAUGACCCACUGGCGAUAGACUUCCACCUGCAGGCGAUGAUCCAAUCUGCGGGCAAGCUGGUGCUGAUUGACAAGCUGCUGCCCAAGCUCAAGCUCGGCGGCCACAAGGUGCUCGUCUUCUCCCAGAUGGUCCGCUGCCUCGACAUCCUCGAGGACUACCUCAUCCAGAAGAGGUACCUGUACGAGCGGAUUGACGGGCGCGUGCGUGGGAACUUGCGUCAAGCUGCCAUCGACCGCUUCAGCAAGCCCGACUCAGACCGCUUUGUCUUCCUGCUGUGCACGCGGGCGGGCGGGCUGGGUAUCAACCUGACCGCAGCAGACACCUGCAUCAUCUUCGACUCCGACUGGAACCCCCAGAACGACCUUCAGGCCCAGGCGCGGUGUCAUCGGAUUGGUCAGAGCAAGGCGGUGAAGGUUUACCGCCUCAUCACCCGCAACUCGUACGAGAGGGAGAUGUUCGACAAGGCCAGCCUCAAGCUGGGCCUCGACAAGGCCGUGCUACAGUCCAUGAGUGGCCGAGAGAACGCCGUCAACGGGGUACAGCAGUUCUCCAAGAAGGAGAUCGAGGACCUGCUGCGUAAGGGUGCGUACGGAGCCAUCAUGGACGAGGAGGACGAAGGCUCCAAGUUCUGUGAGGAAGACAUCGACCAGAUCCUGUCCCGGAGGACAACCACCAUCACCAUCGAGACCGAGAGCAAGGGCUCAACCUUCGCCAAGGCCAGUUUUGUGGCGACGGGCAACAGGACGGACAUCUCACUGGACGACCCCAACUUCUGGCAGAAGUGGGCAAAGAAGGCCGACAUCGACCUGGACAUGGUCAGCCGCAGGAAUAACCUGGUGAUCGACACACCGCGGGUCCGCAAGCAGACGCGACCCUUCAACACCACCAAGGAUGAUGAUGUGGAGUUCUCCGAGGUGGAGAGUGACGGCGAUGAUCGACCGCGCUCACGCCGGUCCCACGAACGGCGGCACGGCUACGGGCGCACAGAGUGCUUUCGUGCCGAGAAAAACCUCCUGGUGUACGGG